CGUGCGCGCGUCAGCAGCCAAACAGGUCCGUAAACAUGGCGGUGUCCAUGGAGAAGCUCCGGGCUGCACAGAGAUUUCUGCUCCUCGUGUCAGCGCUGUUUCACUGCUCCGUUCGGGGAGAAACGGUAACCGAGGAGCCGCCACAUCGCCGAUUCGAGUACAAAUACAGCUUUAAAGGUCCUCACCUGACUCAGAGCGACGGAAUGAUCCCGUUUUGGGUUCACACGGGCAAUGCCAUCCCGAGUGCCGAUCAGAUCCGGAUCACUCCGUCUCUACGCAGUCAGAGAGGCUCAGUUUGGUCCAAAAGUCCAGUGAACUUCGACAACUGGGAGGCCGAGGUGGCGUUCCGUAUAUCUGGACGAGGGAGAACCGGAGCUGACGGACUGGCCAUAUGGUACACGGUGAAUCAGGGUCUGGAGGGUCCUGUGUAUGGAGCUGCUGAUCAGUGGAACGGCGUGGGAAUUUUCUUUGACUCUUUUGACAAUGAUGGGAAGAAAAAUAAUCCAGCCGUCCUUGUGGUGGGAAACAACGGCAAGCUUGUUUACGAUCAUCAGAAUGAUGGUUCGACCCAAGCCCUGGGCACCUGCCUCCGAGACUUCAGGAAUAAACCGUAUCCUAUCCGAGCCAAAAUCAUCUACUACAAGAAGACGUUAACGAUUUUGAUCAAUAACGGAUUCACGCCAGGGAAAGACGAUUAUGAGUUCUGUACCAAAGUGGAAAACAUGAUCAUUCCAUCUGCAGGAUAUUUUGGGAUUUCAGCUGCUACAGGAGGACUCGCAGAUGAUCAUGAUGUCCAGUCGUUUCUGCUGUACAGAUUAACCGAGCCCGGACAGAACCUGCCUCCACCUGAACAAGAGAUUCCCAAAGAAGAGCAGGACAAGUACCAGGAGGAAUUUCAGAAUUUCCAACAAGAGCUGGACAAAAAGAAAGAAGAGUUUCAGAAGGAGCACCCUGACGUCCAUGGGCAGCCCUUGGAGGAUCUGUACGAAAGCGUGAGUGACCGUGAGAUCCGUCAGGUGUUCGAGGGUCAGAAUCAAAUCCACCUGGAGAUUAAACAGCUGAACCGGCAGCUGGCUAUGAUCCUGGACGAGCAGCGCCGCUACGUCUCCGUCAUCACCGAGGAGAUCUCCAAACGCUCGGGACACGAGACGGGGCAGGGUCCGAGUCAGGAAAUAAUCAUCACGAACCAGCAGGAAGUCCUGCGCAACCUCAACGAGUUAAGAAACAGUUUUUCAGCGUCGCUGCAGCAGCUGAGCGCAGCACAGCAGGGAAACGCCGGAGCUUUGGGGACGUACGAGUCAAUCCAACACUUUAACGAUAUCAAAGAGCAUCUGCACGUCGUCAAGAGGAACAUCGAGCACAUCAUCCAGAGAAACGUGGCUCCAGCAGAGAAGCAGAACUGUCCUGAGCCUCCUCCUCCUCCACCCUGUCUCUCCACCGUGCACUUCGUCGUCUUCAUCGUCGUUCAGACUCUGAUCUUCUUCGGAUACGUCAUUUACAAAAGCCAACAAGAAGCAGCGGCGAAGAAAUUCUUUUGAUGAACUCUUUACAGACGCCGCACAGUCGUCUAGUUUUGUUGGAAAGUCGACAUUGUUGUCCUACUUGAAAACCUGAAGUAUUUUUUUAAUUUGAUCCAAAUUGUACAGGCUGUAAAUGAGUGAAUCUGCUUCCUGUUUUGGUUUGAAGUCCCUUAAAUUUCAUGUAUUAAUAUAUACGAUUUGUGUUCCGAAUUUCUUCCUUCGUCUGUUUCGCUUCCGAAGACCAACCACUGAGAGGUCCCUCUGAGACGUCGCUCUACUGUACACACCAACCUUUAUAUCUGAAGUUGUUUAGAGGGAAAAUGUCGUCUGUUCCUGAAGCCUUGUAGUUAAACUGGCAAAAAAAAUGUCCAGAAGCUUUUUUUUUUUUUUUUUUUUUUUCCAUAAACAACCCAAUCACACACUCACGAGUUCUCUCGUUAUUGUUGCUCUUCUCUCACCUCUGUGAACUUGUCACAGCUUAUACAAACAUUAUAUUCCUUACACUUCAUAUUUUAUCUUUUAACAAAUAUAUUUAGCAUUUUAUUUCUUUCUCCUAAUUUUCUUCUAAUAAAACAUUUACGUGAUGUACCACGAUGUUCUCUACACAGCAGAGUGUGUUAAAGGAGUCUCCAGUGUCAGAGCUUCGGACCAGUCGGAUCUUCGGCACAGACGACUUGACGCUUUUCGGUCGUGAUGUUUAGACAUUAACAAUCUUUUUCUUUGAUGUGGGAUCAGUAACUUCAUCACUCCAUCCUUUUGUUUACCUUUAAUAGUGACAGAAUUUAUUCCAGAUGUUUCCCAAUUAAAAAUGUUUACAGAAGCUUAAA